AUGUUUUUAAUAUUCCAUUUAUUUUAUAUAUGCAUCUCUAGCUUUACCUAUAUUAAUGAUUAGAAUAGAUACUCAGUUGAUACGGAUUGGAGUAAUCCAUUAUUUAGUCAAGGAGUUGUAUCAAAAUUAUGUCCUUUAGGAGCAAAAUACUAUAUGUAUGAAACAAUCAAUACUGAUGUUUACUACUUUUUGUCGAGUGGAAUACAUUUGGAAGGAAGUUUAUUCUAUCUUCAUUAUGUGGAAUUAUCAAAUUCAAAAUAAAAAAUAAUUCACCAUGUUUAUUAUAAAUAAGAAAACUAAUGGUUAUCAAAUGAAUUUAUAUUUAAUAUUUAAGAUUAUGAAGGAAGGUGGUUUUAACAAUAUGUAAAUUAUGAUAUCGAGUAAAAAUUAUUAAAUUUCGAUAUGAGAUGGGGAAACUAUGAAAAAGCUUUAAAUUAAUAUUCCUUUUAAAAAUUUGAGUAUACAAGUUUCAACUUUGUUAUUGGAGGUUCUUUUAAUGUACUUUGUAAUAUUAUUAAUUAUAGGUUGAACAUCCAAUUACUUAGACUAUGUUAUAUUUAAAAACAUUCCCAGGUCGAUUACAGGCAGCAAUUAGUGUUUAUUAAAGAGAUAUGGAUGAUGCAUGGGAUAUAUAUACUGAGACUUAAUGUUCAGAAACUACAACUUUACUAUUAGGUUAAUUAGAGAUGAGAGAGUUUAAUUAACAUCAAAUCUAUAUGAUUGAAAAUUAGAAUUUGCAUUAUUAUAAAGUAACAUUUUGGGCUAAGAUUUCAAAAGAAUAUGAUUCAGAAAUUGAUCAUAAAAUAUAUAUUUUAAGAAUAGUAGCAAAUAGAUUUACAACAGAUUUUUAAGCAACAGGAUCUAAUUCUUUUAUUUUAUAUUAUGUGUACUACUCAGAAUAAAAAUAAUGGAUGAUGAUUAUCUAAUAUUAUUCUUAUGGAUUGCCAAUAAUAGUUUAAUUUACAGAUAAUAAUGAUCCAUUUUUAAAAGAAGAUGUUAUUUUUAUUUAAAAUCAUUUUCUAUUAAGUACAUGGCAUUAUAUUCAAAUUUCUUACGACCCAUAUAAUUUAAAUUUUUAUUUAAUUAAUUACAAGUAGGAUGAAUAAAUAGAAAAAACUUAUUAAAAUGUCUAUUAAUUUUCAAAUAUAUAUUAUCGACUAUAUUUUGGUGGUUCAAGUGAAGAAUUAAGUUCUCUGGGAAGAUCAUUUGGACUUAUAUCAUAUUAUGAUUGUAAUAAUGAAAAUAUUUAAUGUCAUUAUUCAUGUUCAACAUGUUUUGGUCCAUCAUAAAAUGAAUGUUUAAGUUGUCCAGAAUCAACAAAUAGAAUUUAUAAUGGAGUUGAUCAAACUUGUAGAUGCAAGGUUUGGUAUUCGGAAACAUCAGAUUUUAGUUGCUAAUUUGUUACAUAAAAUGAAGUGAUUGUUGAUUUAGUAGAUGAGUAAGAAGAUUAAGAUUUAGAUUACUGUAAAUUUGGGGAAUUUAGUUUUGAUUAAAUGUGUUUUUAAUGGUAUUGUUAUAAUUAAACUAGUCCGUCAGCAAGUUAACACAAUUAGGUCAUAUGUGUAGAAUGUUUAAUGAGACCGAUUGAUUGGGUAUUAAAAAGUGCUAAUUGCAAGGGAACAUAUUAUCAAUAUGAAAAUUAAUCUUCUAAUAAUUUUCUGAAAAUAUAAAAUGAUGCUAAAAUAACAAAUAUUUAAUUUAUAUUUGAAAAUGAAUAAUUGAUACCAUGUCAUGGUUGCAUUUUAUGUAAUUAACUUGAAGAUUAAGAUUGUUAUUUAUCAAAAUAUCAACAUUUGAAUUAAUAAACUUAUAUAAAAUGCUAAGAUGGAUAUAGAUUUGCUUAUGGUGAAUGUUCUUCUAUAAAACCACUCAAAAUUAAUAGUAUAACCUGUCAAAAUAACUGUUUAUAAUGUAAGGAUGAAUAAUGUUUAUAAUGUUCUAGUUUAACUUAAUAUUUUAUAAAUUUUAUGGGAUAAUGUUAGUAAUGUUCAAUUUCACAUUGCAAAUAUUGCUUUUAAUAUAAUAAAUAUAAUCUUAAAUAAAAUUCAAUAUUUAUUAAUGAAUAAAGUUAAGUAAACGAUGAUUAUUUAGUUGGAUGUGCUUUAUGUUAACAAGGUUAUUCAUUUUCAUUUAAAUAUAAUUUAUGCUAAAAGAAUAAUAUUGAUAAUAAUUGUUAAUAUUAUAUAAAUAAAGAUGGAGAGAUUAUUUGUUAUGCUACAAAAUUUGAAUUAUUAAAAAAUAAAUUUCAAUAAAUAACUAAUUGCUAAGAUAAAAUCCCUAAUUGUGAAUAAUGUAUUAAUAACUUAUUUGAUCUGAUGGUAUGUUUAUAAUGUAAAGAUGGAUAUUUUAAUAAUAAUUUAAAUGGUUUAUGUAUGGCAUGUAGUCAGAAAUUUGAAAAUGUUUAAAGUUGUGAAUUAAAUAAUAAAAUGUUGUAAAAGUAUAAAUUAGAAACUAUUGGAUAUUUAUAAUAAUUAACUUAAGAUUUUUAUGAUUUAAGUUAAUUAUUUAAGAAUUAUGACUAAGUCUUAAUUACUUAAUGCUCAAAUAAUCUGGUUUUAGAUAUAAAUUCUAACAAAUGUAUAGAUUCUUGUUCUAAUUGCGAUUAAUGUGAUUAUAUCAAUGGAGAAUACUAAUGCAUUAGGUGUUCUUCAUAAUAUGAUGAAAAUACUGACUUUUAUUCUUAAAUUUCUGGUUAAUGCUAUCAAUGUCCUUAUCCUUGUAAGUUUUGUCUGCCACUAGACAGUGAUUUAAUUCAUGUAAUAUUUAAUAAAAUAUUAGAAAUAUAAUCCAUAUUUUUUAAUUAAUUCUACAAGUAUUAAAUAAACUCAUAAAUGUUUAAUCAACUUUGAUAAUAAUUUAACUUAUAUAGAUUAAAGAAGUGGAUUAAUUAAACCAUUCAAUAAUUUAACUUAAUAGAAGUAGAAAUUUAUAAGUUAUAGUUAGAAAAUAUCUACCUCUUUUUAAAAUGGUAAUUUUGUUUUAUAAAAAAGUGUAUCAAAUUAUUAUUAUAUUAUUCAAAAUAUGAUUCCAAAAUAACAAAAAGCUCUUAAUAAUUACUAUGCAUUAAAAAAUUAUACAGCUACUAUUAUUGCUGAGGUUCAUACGACAGGAUAAGGAUUUGUUGAACUAUUUAAUAUAACUAAUUUUCACAUUUUCAAUAGUAUUUAUAAGAAUAAAAAUUCUUAUAUUAUUGUAACUUCUCUUUAUGGUGUUGAUGUGAUUAUUUAGAAUCUUACAUUAGGAGAUGAAAUUGCUAAAAAUUACUUAACUAUGAAUUUUCCAUCUAAUGUUAAAAUAAGGGAGCUAUUAGUAGAGAAUUUAUACUUAUCUGAUGCAACAAUCAUAAGAAUUAAUAAUUUUUUUAAGAAUGCAUCAAUUGAAAUGAAUUAUUUGUAAUUUAAAAAUUGUACUUUCUAAGAUAGUUACUUUUUUUAAUUUACAUCUGACGAAUUUAAUAAAAUUCUCAUAAAAUCUGUGAAGAUCUAGAAUUGCACUUUUAUAAAUAGUGUUUUUAUAAAUUAAUCUUUAUAGAAUCAUAAUUAAUAAUAUGUUAUAGAAGAAUUGUUAAUUGAGGAUUGCUUAUUAGAAAAUAGUACAAUAUUCUUUAUACCAAAAACUUAAGAUGUAAUUUUGAUUACUAAUGUAAAAUUAUUCAACCUUUAAUUACUUAAUUCAACAAUCAUAUCUACUUUCUCAUCUAUAAAUUUAGAGGCUAUAAAAAUAGCAGACAAUUUAGCAAUUAGGAGUAUUUUCUUUUAUCACUAAUUUGAAUCACCCUCAACUUCUUUCUUAGUUAAUUAAUUAAAAUGCUAAAGUUUGCAAUUAAAUGGAUCUAAUAUAUUGUAAAUCAUAUCUUUGUAGCAAAAUAUAAAUAUAGAUGUAAUUAUUAAAUAUUCUGAAUUUAAAAAAAUAGAUUAGAUAUAUUCUCAUGGAAAAAUAAGUGAUAACUUUAUAUUUUAUAUUUAGAAUGGAAAUCUAAAUGCACAUCAUCUUGUUAUAUAAAAUGAUUUAAUAUUUCAGUUCUUAAGUUUAGAGGACUGUAUGAAUAUUAUCUUAGAUGAUUUAACAGUUGAAAAAAAUAAAUAGAUAAAUGAAAGCUUUAAAUCAACAAUUAGUUCAACUAAAAUUUAUUAGAAUGAAUUAAUUUAUAUAUCUAAUUUUGAUAGAUUGGAAUUCGAAUCAAUUCAAAUUUUAGGGAUGAUUUAAAUUGUUGAUCCAUUGAUUUAAAUUAGAUCUGAUGAAUCUGGAAAAAAAUAUGUAAAUAUCACAAAUUUAGUAAUUCAAAAUUAUUAGAGUUUAAAUUUAUUAAAGUCUAUUAACUCAGUUAUUCACAUUUAAAUUUAUUCAGAGUCUAUUAUUGAAUUAAGAAAUUGUAUAUUUAAAUCAAAUUAAUUUUGGUAUUAAUAACCAAAUUAAGACCUAUUUUAAUCUUCUUUUAUAAAAAUAAAAUCACCUAAAUCAUAAAUAAUUUUAAAUAAUUUAAUCUUUUAAGAUUUUAUUGUAUACAAUUCUUCAGAAUCUAUUAUACUAUUAGAGGCUAAUUCAAUUUUUGCUUAAAAUUUGUAUGUUUAAAAUAUUAAUGUUGAAUUUUCAGAUUUAAUCAAGUCAUUAUGUGGCUUUGCUAUUUUUUAAGCAGAAUUUAUAAAUUUUAUUAAUUCUGAACUUUUUGAUGUGAAUAGUAUUGUUUAUGGAUUCAUUUAUAUUUAAUUAAAAUAAGAGGGCAAAGUUAUAAUACAAAAUUGUAUUUUUGAUAAUACAAUUAUUGCAUCUUAAAAAGAAUAUUUAACUUAAUUAGGAGGUGUAUUGACUAUUGAUGCUUAAUAAUCAACAAUAUAAUUAGAAAUUAGUGAUGUUAAAGCAAAGAAUAUAUUUACUUAAUAGAAAUGUGCUUUUCUACAUCUUAUAUCAUCUACUUUAAGUAAUGAUAUCUUUAUGAAAAAUCUCUCAUUUAUAAACUUAUAUUCUUAAGAAAAUGCUCUUGGCAAAUUUGAUUUUUCUUCUAAUAGUAACAAUAAUAAGAUCUUUCUUUAUUAUAUUACUUUUAAUAAUACUGAUGAAUAAGUUUUAAAUAAGUUAUCUAAAUAUACUAAUUCACAAAAUUCAAGUAAUUUAGAUGGUAUAAUUACAUCAAGUUUUAGGUACUUCUAUUAUAAAUUUUAGUCCUGUGAUAAUAUUUCAUUUUCAUUAUGCUGGCUAUUUAAAUUAACCAAUUUGUAAACUAAAAAAUGGAGAUUUAAGAUUAAAGUAAUUUUUUUUAACUUCAAUUAUGAUAAUUUUUGAACUUUCUCAUAUAAUUAGUGUUGAAACUAGUUUAAUGAAAAACAUUUUUAUUGAAGAUUUUAUACUUUUAAACAUUGAAUCUUAAAAUCAAUUACGCUAUUUUUUCAAAUUAAAUCAAACAUAAGAGUCUUAGUAUUUAAGGUUUAGGAAUCUUAAACUUACAAAUAUCAAAUGUCCAUUUUGUUAGAAUGGAUUGACAAUAUUCUUAAGUGAUUCAGAUCAUUAAAAUAUCUUAUUAUCUAAUAUAAAUUUUGUGAAUAAUGAUUGUGGAAACAAUAGUUGUUUUAUAGUCAAAAGUAAAUCAAUUAAAUUUUAUAAAUCUAAGUUUCUAAAUAAUAUAGCAUAAUCAAAUGGGAUAUUAUAAUUUUAAAACAGUUCAAUUAAGUUAAAUUAAAUUAUCUUGAAAAACAAUUUUAUUUAAAAUAUUGCUGGUGCAAUAUAUUUAUUAAAUUCUUCAAUUAUUGCAAUUGAUGUUAUAAUUAUAAAUAAUAGUGCCAAAAUUGGUGGAGCAAUAUUUACUGAAUAGUAUAAAUUGGAAAAAAAUACAAUAAAUUAAUUAAUGCUGUAUGAAAAUAAAGCAGCAGAUGGUCUAAACAAUAUAAAGGAAGAAGCAGAUCUUUUGAAAUUGUCAAUGUAUGGAGUUGUUUUAAAAACAAAAAGAUAAGAGAUGGGAUUUUUAGUGGUUGAUAGUCCAGAGUAUUUAGUAAAUUAUAAGAAACAAAGAAUUAAUGAUACAAAUAUUAAAGUUGCAAGUGGAUAAAUGCUUAAAGAUUUUUAAAUAUUUGAUAAGUCAAUAAUGUAAUAUGUGAAAAAUAAUAUCUCUUUAAGUAUUGAAAUAUAUACAUAACUUGGAGAAAAAUUAAUAAAUAAUAAAGAUAGAAAAUGCUAUUUUGAAUAAUUAUAUGUUGAUUAAGAGAAAGGUUAUUAAUUAUAGGAGAUUUUAAUAAGUUCUCAAUAAGAGAAUGUGACUAUCUCAUCUUUUAAUACUGAAACAUAAUCUUAUAGUUUAGAUAAUAUGUUGUUUAAUUUAGAUCCUUAUUCUACUUAAUAAAUAUAUUUAUUAGUAAAAUCUUAUUGUGAAGGUAUGAGUGAGGAUCAUAUAUUUAUUUUUAAUGUUACAACAUUAAAAUGCGAAAUUGGAGAAUAUUAUACUAAUUAAUAAUGUUUAAAAUGUGAUUUUGAUAAAGGAUAUUAUUCAGUUGAAAAGGAUUCAAUUGAAUGUUAAAGAUUAGAUCCUAAGAAAAUCAAAGCAAUAACAUCUUAAUCAAUAGAAUUAUUGCCAGGUUUUUGGAGAUAUUCUUAUUAUUCACAUUAUAUAGAGCAAUGUGAAAAUAAUGAAUAGUGUAUUGGAGGUUGGAAAGUGAAUUAUGAUUCCUGUAAAACAGGUUCAAUUGGAGCAAUAUGCAAAGAAUGUGAUCUUUAUAAUAUUAGGGGAGAAUCUUCAUUUUUAAAAUCCCUUCAAGGAGUAUGUGAAAUAAGGGAAAUGAAACCUAGAAUAAUAAUAAUUACAUUGAUCCUAAUGCUAUUGUAUAUAAUAAUAUUAAUAAUUAGUACUUUUGGAGUUACAUAUACAAUUUCAGGAAAUAAAUACGAAAUGAAUCUACUUUAUAGAAGUCUAAAAUUAAAGACAAAACACUUUAAAUUGUUAUUUAGAUGUUAAAUAGGUAAUAUUUUAAUUUAAUAAUUUCAGAUCAAUUCUCAACUUUAAUAAGAUUACUUAUACAUUAAAUGCAAAUAUUAUAUCCUUUACUUCCUCGUAUAAGUUUUGAUUCUAACUUUUCUUAAAUAAUUUGGCCUAUUGGUAAAUCUUCAAAAUCUUUGUUAUAUUUAAUCAAUUUUGUUGCUGAUUAGUUUUAGAUAUCUAUAAUUUAUUUGAAAGUUAUUUGGGCAAUUUUAAUACCAAUUGGAUAAAUAUUAUUAUUGGGAUUUUUAUAUUAAUUGUGCUCAAAAUUAUUUAUUGAUAAAAAUAAAAGUUUCAGAUAUACUUUAACAUCAUGUCUUUUCUUAUUGUUUUAUUCAAUGCCAAAUAUUAUGGAAGAGUAUAAAUAUUAUGAUAAUUUAGGUUAUCAUUAUUGACCUCAUCUAGAAGAGUUGUAAAUAAAGAAUGGAUUGAUACUAAUAUGGCAUAUUUAUUUGAAACAUAAUAACAUUAUUUUUGGAUAUUUUACUUUAUAUUACCAAUAAUGUUAACACUAUUUUUUACUAUUCCACUUAGUACUUUUAUUUUGAUAAGGAAAAAACAUAAAUAAAUACAUAAAAUUGAUCCAACAAUUGGAAUAUAUGGAUUUCUAUGUAAUGAUUACAAAGAAUAAUUUUAUUAUUGGGAAUUAGUUAAUUUACAAAUGAGAUAAAUAAUAAUAGUGAUACAUACACAUGUGAAUGAUUUAAGAAUAAUAUUCAAAAAUUUGAUGGUCAUUUUAAUCUUAUUUAUAUAUUUUGUUGCAAUAUCUCUUAAAAAACCUUAUGAGAAAUCAAAUAUUAAUAAAAUAGAAUAACUUAGUUUGUUUUUAUGUUCAAUAUUUGUAUGUUUCAGUAGUUUAUCUUAUGAAACUAAAGUUGAAGGUUUAAUAGAAGUAUAAUUUAUAGCAGAAUUAAUAAUGAUAAUAAUAUUGUUAUUUUUGAUGAUUUAUAUCUUCUAUCAUAUAAUGUAAACUUUCAUUAAAAAGAAUGAUCAAUAUUUUGAUAAAUUAAGAAAGGGUAUUUUAUUAAAAUUACCAAAAAUUGUUUAUUGUUUCCCUUUUAUAAGAAAGUGUCUAAUUUCAAAGGCUGAUACUCGAAAAAAUGUAAUGAAACGAUUUUUUUUGAUUAAAUAACAUUUAAAGAUUCAUAGAUUAAAUAAUUCAAGAAGUCUUCGAUAAACAAUUAAUUUGAAUAGUGAAGACAAUCAUGUGAUAAUGUCAUAAAUAUAAAGAUCAGAUCAUCGUCAUUUAAUAAUGUCAUCAUAUUUAUAUUGA